UUUAAAGGGGUUUGCUGCGUGGACUCUUCCAAAGUCCCCAGGCUUUAUCUCUGUCUGGUCGCUGUGGAGGUGAGGCGUCCCUUCGGGGGCUCCCGCCGCGUGAAGGGACGAGAAACACCCACUCGGAUCCAGCCCCGGCAGCCAGCGGCCCGAGCAUGCGCUGAGAGAGGCGGCGACGGCGGCGGUGGGGGGAGAGGAAGAGAAGGAAGCGUCUCCAGUUUGAGCCAAUGCAGCCCUGCGGCUCUCCGGGAGGAGCGUCCCUGCCCCGAUGAGCCCCCGCCGUGCGUCCCCGACUGUCCCCCGGCGGGAUCGGGGCGCGGAGCCCAGCGCCGACGAUCGUAGCUGUUUGGCCCGCGGGGGUAGGAUGUGGUGAAAGGAUGGGGCUUCUCCCUCCCUGGGCUCACAAUGGCCAGAGAAGAUUCGGUGAAAUGCUUGAGGUGCCUGCUCUACGCACUCAAUCUGCUCUUUUGGUUAAUGUCCAUCAGUGUGCUGGCAGUUUCUGCUUGGAUGAGGGACUACCUGAAUAACGUUCUGACUCUGACUGCAGAAACAAGGGUAGAGGAGGCUGUCAUCUUGACUUAUUUUCCUGUGGUUCAUCCGGUCAUGAUUGCUGUGUGCUGUUUCCUUAUCAUCGUGGGGAUGUUAGGAUACUGUGGAACAGUGAAAAGAAAUCUGUUGCUUCUCGCAUGGUAUUUUGGAAGUUUGCUUGUCAUUUUCUGUGUAGAACUGGCUUGUGGUGUUUGGACAUAUGAGCAGGAAAUCAUGGUUCCAGUACAGUGGUCAGACAUGGUCACGCUGAAAGCCAGAAUGACAAAUUAUGGCUUGCCAAGAUAUCGGUGGCUUACUCAUGCUUGGAAUUUUUUUCAGAGGGAGUUCAAGUGCUGUGGAGUUGUGUAUUUCACCGACUGGCUGGAAAUGACAGAGAUGGACUGGCCCCCGGAUUCUUGUUGUGUUAAGGAAUUCCCAGGAUGUUCUAAACAAGCCCACCAGGAAGAUCUCAGUGACCUUUAUCAAGAGGGUUGCGGGAAGAAAAUGUAUUCCUUCUUGAGAGGCACCAAACAGCUGCAGGUGCUUAGGUUUCUGGGGAUCUCCAUUGGAGUGACACAGAUUCUGGCCAUGAUUCUCACCAUUACUCUGCUCUGGGCUCUCUACUACGACAGAAGGGAGCCUGGGACAGACCAAAUGAUGUCCCUGAAGAAUGACACCACUCAGCACCUGCCUUGCCACUCCGUGGAACUGUUGAAACCAAGCCUGUCGAGGAUCUUUGAACACACAUCCAUGGCAAACAGCUUUAACACACACUUUGAGAUGGAGGAGUUAUAGAGAAUGUCAGAGAAGGAAACCACACAUUUAUUUUAUUGGACUUGUGAAUUAAUGAGCACACAACUUAACUGUUUCAGAAAUGUGUAGAAAUAAAAAUGUGGCCAUAAAAGGAUACCCAAGUGCAUAAUGUCCCACUCUUGAAAAGAAAGAGGGAAAAGUUCCAUGUAUUAUAUAAGGCAUCACCUGGGUAGUAGUUGAUGCCCUUUAUAAUGCUGAGGGCAGAUCUAAUACCAGAUCUAUAGCCUGUGUAAAAUUUUUACAGAACACAGUUAUCCUUUGAGGAUGAUGCUUUGGUGUAGCUUGAAAUGUAGAAAUGUAGUUUACAUUUCUGCGUCUGUGUAAACAAGCCACGCUAGGGUGGGACUGGAGCUAUAUAGUAAAGUUUGAUCUACUUCCAUAAGCUUGCUAGUAUAUAAAGUUCCAAAUAACUGCUAACAUAGGAAGUUAGUACUAAUGACUUUUAUUACUUGGUGAUCUGUUCUUGUGAGGGUAGAUAGAUUACACGUAAGUACACUCUGAAAAUUGGUGACUACCUAAAUGUGACUUUUGCUGGUUACUAAAACUAUUCUUAUUACUUAUAAGAGCAAACUAAAACAUUGUCUUAAACUGAUCAGGGAUAUGUGUGUAUAUAAGAGUCUGUGUUGAGUCUGUAUAAUUCAGUAGAUUUCAAUUCUUAUAACAUUAAGAAUAACAAUUGUGAAAAGGAUAAAUUUGUCCUGUAUAGCACCGUUAUUUUUAACCUUUCCAGUUUAUAGAGCUUUAAAAUUCUGUCUUGGGUUUAUAUUACAUGCAUAACUGUUAAUUUAUAUACUUAACCACUAAUUUUGAAAAAUUACUAGCAUGAUGCAGAGAAUCAUUAUAAUUCAGAAUAUAGUCUGGUCUCUAGGAAGUAUUAAUGAAAAAGUUUACACAUAACUUAGGUCAUUCAACAAAGACCUGGAUGCUAUUUUUCUGCUAAACUGAGACUCAUUUUUGACACUAAACACUUUAUAAAGGAGCUUAUCUUUGCCUUCUCCAAACAAGACACAGCAGUCUCCAAGUCUCCAGAUACUUCUACAGAGAAUAGUUUUCCUUUUCUCCAGCAAAAAGCUCUUAAGAGUCAUGGAAAUAAGUGACCGUUUAACUAGAGAUUUUCUUUGCCUUAUUUCACUGAUUAAGAUACUGUGGUGAAUUACACAGAUUAUUAAAUUUUUUACAAGAGUAAACUAUAUUUAUUUGAAAUGGGAAAAGUGCAUUUUACUGUAUUUUGUGUAUUAUGUUUAUUUCUCAGAAAAUGGAAAGAAAAUUGAAAUGUGUCAAUAAAUAUUUUCUAGAGAGUAAAAA